AUGGCCUUCGCACCACGCUCAAAGGGACCGACCACCCAAGUCAAAUUCGGAGAUCAGAAGGUCGACGUACUCAAAGGCGGUUACUAUGACCGUUACCGCAUGAACCCAAACCUGGAGGAGGUAUCUCGCGACCCCGCCAUUGGACUCGGAAUUGACUUCUUUCGGAAGAUACCCAAGAAGCUAGUCGAUUCGAGGGUCGGUCAGGUAUACGCACCCAAUUUCUAUUAUCGCACCAGGAGCGUCCAACUGCUGUUCCUCGCGCCCCUCAAUUCCUUGAAGUCUAAGCUUCCAGCACCCUUGGAGCCUAUCAUGGCGCUGCCCGGUUACGGUUUAGUCGCGUUAACAUUUUACUCGUACCUCGUCUGUGACAAUGAUCCUUACAACGAGGUCUCGAUCGCCAUCAUCGUCCGUCAGCCGGGCAAAGAUAGUUACAGCAUCACCCAACUACUCACCUCCAUAUGGAACCAAACUUUCUACGGAUAUGUGCUGGCUCUACCUGUCGAUACCGAGAUCGCUCGAGUACGAGGUGUAUACGGAUACCAAUUGCCUAAAUGGCUCGCCAAAAUCAAUCUGGAAAUGGACGCUCACAACAUUAAGGCCGAGGUCACCGCGACCGAUGGGACACACGAUUUGGCACUGGACGUACCCCUUCCAGCUUUGAAGACCAUCCCGUCGGAAUCUUCAAUCGGAACCAACAACGCUAUCAACAAAAUCGACGACAAAUGGCACCAGGUGGCAGUGCAAACAAAUCCACUCUUGGCGGCGCAAUGCAUUUUCCCUAGGAACGUCAUUCUCUCUCAGGGUGAAGGGCCAUUGAGUAAACUCCUGGGUGAAUUGGGCAUUUCCAUCAUUCUACGGAUGGAUGUCCUCAAGGAUGCGCAGAUGGUGUUGAACAUGCCCACACCCUUGAAGGCGUUCGAUUAA